UACGUCAGAUUUCGGGACAAAACAAAACCAAACAGAAAAACAGACGUCUGAGAGAAGACCGCUACAACACGGGGGCAAUUUAGACUGGGAAUAUCUCGACUGAGCUCUCCGGGAACUUUAAUGCGCUUCCCUGGUUCAGCGGUGCGCCAAAAGGCUGGGGAGCACCGCUGAAUCCGGCCACCUGAGCAACACGGAAUAACACCUUUGCACUGGUACAGUUUCGUGGAUUUCCCUUCGCUAAAUCCCCGGACCCCCCCCCCCCCCCCUCUGCUCGUAGUGGCCUCGCUAAGUGAGCGAUGACUGGGUUGGAAAUGUCAGCGCUACUAAGUGCUCGCCCGCACACUCCAUCAUCCCAUGGGCUGGGAAAUUAAGAAACCACCUGUCACCAAGGCUGUGUGGGACGUCCCGCGGAUAGGUGCCUGUACCCAAGUUAGUAAAACAAGACACUGGCAAGACGCGUUUAAAGUCCACGGAGACAUGUAAAUCCGGUAGGCUACGUUUUCUUCUUCUUCUUCUUCUUCUUCUUCUUCUUUUUACGCACGGAGAAGACAGCUGGUGUGUGGACCGGAGUCCUGAUUGGCGACAAUCUCAGAAGAAAGAAUCUCAUUGAGACUUUAAAUUCAUCUUAUUUGUUUACAAAGAACGAUGUUGCCAUGGUGUCCCGGGCUAAGAUGAGGAGAACGGGCCGCCACUUGCGCUCAGAAUGGCUCGGGAGGACGCGGUGAGGUGCCUGCGCUGCCUGCUGUACGCUCUCAAUUUACUCUUCUGGCUGAUGUCGGCAUGCGUGCUGGGAGUGGCGGCGUGGCUCAGGGACUACCUGAACACAGUACUGACCCUGACCGCCCACACCAGGUUAGAAGAAGCAGCGGUUCUUACAUAUUCCCCAGCUGUCCAUCCAGUCAUCAUUGCAGUGUGUUGUUUUCUAAUCAUCGUGGCCAUGGUGGGCUACUGCGGCACGCUGAAAUGCAAUCUGCUGCUGCUGUCCUGGUACUUUGGCAGCUUGUUGGUGAUCUUCUGUGUGGAGCUUGCCAGUGGCGUGUGGACCUAUGACGAGCCCUCAGUACAGAGAUCUGAUAUGAUCAGUCUGAAGUCCCGGAUGCCAAAUUAUGGUCUGCAGCGAUAUCAGUGGCUCACGCACACCUGGAAUACCUUCCAGACCGAGUUUAAAUGCUGCGGGGUGAUUUACUUCACGGAUUGGCUGGAAAUGACAGAGAUGGAGUGGCCGCCCGAUUCCUGCUGUUCCAAUCAAUAUCCAGGUUGUGCACGCCACGCCCACUACCGUGACCUCAGUGACCUUCACCAAGAGGGCUGCGGGCCGAAGAUCUACAGUUUCAUCCGUGGGACGAAACAGCUGCAGGUGUUGCGUUUCCUGGGCGUGUCUAUCGGCGUUGCUCAAAUCCUGGCCAUGGCGCUGACCCUCACCCUGCUCUGGGCCCUCUACUACGGCCGCAGAUCCCCGGGGCCCGCCGACCCGCCUCCGUCAGAGGACCCGGCCGAGCUCGCCGUAAUCCACGGACCCUUCGGGAGUGCCCCGAAACCGGGCUGCACCCACGCAGCCAAGGCCAGCGGUUAUUGCCCCACCGCCCCCACACCCAAUGGACACCAGAUUGAGAUGGAGCAGCUAUCCUAGCGCCGGACCAGGCCCGACUCACUAGCCUAAAUACAUCCGCACCCCAGGAGGACAGACACGUGAUGGGGGAAUGAAGGACAGGUGAAAAUGAAGACGUUACGACAGGUGAUGACAAAAUCAGAGAGACGGUACAAGCACCAAGGGUUUUAAAGCCGUCACCCCCCCCCCCAAUUGUAUCCUGCCAAAUACCCCACUCUUCCGGGUCGUCCCGGUCUCUGCUCGACCCCUUCUGCCGACCCGGGGAGGGCUGCAGACUACCACAUGCCUCCUCCCAUACAUGUGGAGUCGCCAGCCGCUUCUUUUCACCUGACAGUGAGGGGUUUCACCAGGGGGACGUAGCGCGUGGGAGGAUCACGCGGUUCCCCCCCAGUUCUCCCUCCCCCCUCAACAGGCGCCCCGACCGACCAGAGGAGGCGCUAGUGCAGCGACCAGGACACACACCCACAUCCGGCCUCCCACCCGCAGACACGGCCAAUUGUGUCUGUAGGGACGCCCGUCCAAGCCGGAGGUAACACGGGGAUUCGAGCUAGCGAUCCCCGUGCUGGUAGGCAACGGAAUAGACCGCUACACUACCCGGGCGCCCCAGCCAUCUUUUUUUUAAACCCUGAAAUAAAAGCCCCUAGGCUUUCAGGAUCAAAACAGCUGAUCUUAUUAUUUCGGUACUUUUUUGUUAGGGGUACUUAGAUGAAAACAGAAAUAAUCGAGUUUUGGUAUCGCGGGUAUUUGAGCACUGCACUCUUUAAUCUAGCGUAACGACACCUAUCCGAGAAGAGAGAACUCCAGAUAUCGACUACUGUGUCCCCUAAAUCCACACUAUCUAUCCUUCUGGACGGUCACCACUAUUAAAGAGACAUAGAAACGCCCUCGUGUCAACUCAAAAGUGUGCUAGUCAGUUUUCAGACCGUAAACCGGUUCUGGAUCACUGCACCAGCAGCAGCAGCAGCAGCAGCAGCAGCAGCAGCAGCAGCAGCAGCAGAAGAAAGGAAGGAAGGAAGGAGUCGUCGGUCACUUCUGCUGAGGCGUCUCUUACUAAAAUGACAUUGUGUAUCACUGGAUGUUAUACAGACUUCUUUUCUAGGAAACGAGCCAUUUUUAUCGGAGUGUACGUAUAUUGUGUAUUAGGAUGUGUGCAUGGUGUUGAAUAUUUAAUAAUAUUUUCU